CCCACACCCAGCCCACAACACCCACAUACACCCGCAUACACAGACCUAGCAAUCCUCCACGGGCAUCACCUCCACUCUCUCGAGAUGCCGCAGACACACGACAUCCUGCCAUGGCAGUUCUUCAACUUCGAGUUCGUCCGCAUACUGGCCAUGGCGCCCACACAGGGCGCCGACGUGGGCGAGUGUCUGGAGGCGGCUUCCAAGAUCAAGAAGAAUGAUCCCGAAAGCUGGUACCAGGCGUGGGCGGAGGCGGCGGAACUCGCCGAAGAGGCAGCGGACAGCGCACUGAAGGUCGGCGAUAGGGAAGCGGCGAGGUGGGCUUUCUUGCGGGCGUGCAAUUACAGGCGCGCGAGCGAAUACAUGUUGCAUGUCAACCCGUCCGACACCAGGCUGCUGCCCAUCAUGGAAAAGUCGGUGGCCAACUUCCGCAGCGCGUGCGCCCUCUUCGACACCGCCGUCGAGACGUUCGAGGUCCCCUACCAGAACACCAAACUCCCCGGAUACAUGUACCUGCCCACGCCGAAAUCCGCAGCGACGAAGCCCGGCGCAGAAAAAGUGCCCUUGCUCCUCGCGCUCAACGGCUUCGACUCUACACAAGAAGAGCUCUACUUCGUUACCGCGUCAGGCUCGGCGUCCCGCGGCUACGCGGUCAUGACCUUCGACGGCCCGGGACAAGGCAUCGUGCUCCGACGGCCAGGCCAGCCCCCGAUCCGGCGGGACUGGGAAGUCGUAGUGUCGACGGUGCUCGACCACCUCUGGACCCUCGUCGGCGAGCACCCGGAGUGGAACAUCGACCUCGACCGCAUCGGCGUCAUGGGCAUGGCCAUGGGCGGCUACUUCGCCCUCCGCGCCGCCACCGACCCGCGCAUCAAGGCCUGCAUCUCCUGCGACGGCUUUUACGAUUUCGGGCCCCAGGUCCGCGCGCGGUCGCCCUUCUUCCUGAAAUACCUGUCGGACGGCGCGGCGGAUGCGGUGCUGGAGUGGGCGGCGGGCCUGAACAUGCAGCACCAGCUCGAGUUUGGGCACCUGCGCAUGGCGUUCGGCACGGAUUCGUGCGUCGAUGCGCUGCGCAAGCUGGCGGAUAUUUCGUUGGAGCCGCCCGGCGAGGAGCCCAUCUGCGCCAGGGUGAAGUGUCCCGUCAUGGUUACGAGUGCGCGUGAUUCCAUCUACACGGUCGAGCCGCACUUGACCUACCAGAAGCUUGCCCAGUUUCGGGGCGGCGAGGAAGGGUUGACGAUGUGGGAUCCGGUGGGGCCGGGUCAAGGCUCGCUACAGGCCAAGUUGGGGGCGGUUUCUCGGUUCCAGUUCAAGAUUUUCUCGUGGAUGGAUGAGGUUUUUGGAAUCCAAAGACCGCCGAUUGAGAACCGGCCGAUUUGA